CUUUUGCGUAUCUUAGUUGAGUUGUAUUGUAACAGUUUGGUUAUGGGUUGGAAAUUGAUGUUUGAUUUGAAUGAUGAAAAUUUUGAUGGGAUAUGAUUUUAAUCUUUUCCAAUUGGUGUGAAAAACUAAAAAAUUCAUGGUUGUGGUUGCCACCACUGUUACGCUACAACCGUUAUACCCUGCAACCAUGUUAGCAACCAUGUCAGCACCACCGUUACCAUUACGGUUGCUGCCACCGCUAAAACCUUGGCCCAUAUCCUAACAGCUUGAGUUUUUAGGACAAUUCUUUGAUCCUUCUAUUCAAAGUUCUUUUCUGAGAAUUAUGCUUUUUGUGGUGCCACUACUUCUAUGCCAUGUCUGUCUGAAUGCUAAACUCUGAUAUCCACUGGCAUCUGUUUGUUUUUUUUUGCCUUAAAUUGCUGAUUUAGUAGAUGGAAAAUUUUGUAAAUUUAAAAUUAAGAAAAAGCUAUAGUUGCUGAUUUCUGUACUUCCAAUGCACCCACUAACCAUCACAUCCUUUAGAACAGCGUAGUGGCUGUUUACAAGUAUCAUCACAUCCUAUGCACAUUCAUUUCAUUCGUAUCACACACUUGUUUCUAGUAAGUACAAAAAGAUGAGCUAGUGUCUGCACUACUUUUAAUAUUUGUGGUGCACUCCGUGUUUUUUGAUACUCCUUCGGCAGUAAAAUGUGAAGUUAUGCAACCGCAGGGUUUAGCCAAGUGGCCAGUGUACCUCACUAAAAGGUCAUGAGUUUGACCCACCCGUCCCCUUCAAUGUACCAAAGAAAAUUCAUCAUCCCCAAAUGCUAGGGGUGGCUCGUGUGCCACUGCCUCUUGAUUUUCCGCAGGACGAGCCCAUAUAUGUUAAUGCGAAACAAUACCAUGCAAUUCUCAGGCGAAGACAAUACCGUGCCAAGCUUGAAGCUCAAAACAAAGUCUCAAAAGCUCGAAAGUCAAAAAGGCAUAAACAAGAUCUCUUAGCUGAAAUAGUUUCGGAGGAGCAACGUGGUAGGGAACUGUCUAAAAUUGUGACAGAAUUGCUUCCUAAUCCAAAGAGCUCUACAAUUGUGGAUAAACCAUCCCGGGCCUGAAAGAGGAGUAAUGACAGAAAUAAGGUGUCUAAAUGAUUGACUGAAGAAGCAGAGAAAUAUUUUGAGGGCUUCAUUUCAAAUGUUGAAGAUACAGAUAUUUCUUCAUUUGAUGGAGAAAGGAGUGAUGCAAGUUCGACUUUAGGAGUAACAAAGACUAGAGAUGCAGUGUCACAUUCUAGGGAAACAGAAACAAUUUAUAAUACAUCAGGAUCUAAUUCUCUUCCUGUUGAAAUGAAUGGUGUUAUUCUGCCUUGGUUGCAGUGGGAGACCGCUAAUGAUGGUUCCCCUCUUCCAUCGAAGAAUAAGAGAGAGCUUCCUGUGACUCCAAAAAGCAUCUUAUGGGAUGCGACUCAGUGGCCACGGAAGCUUUUCCGACAACCCUUUGUUGAACAGUGUUGUUGGACAUCUCCUGCAUUCGUCAAUUCUUGUGCCUUAUCAUGGAUGAGAAGUCUGAGAAGCUCCACCUUCUUGGACCUAGAAACCACUCCUCAACGUAGAGAGCUUCUGGGGGAUUGGAUGCAGUGGUUUUCCCCAGGAUUGGAUGCAGUGGUUUUCCUCAGGAUUGUUGUUUUCAGUUACUUUGGUAGCACUGGAGUUAGUGGUGCUAUACCUUCAACGUUUGCUGCUCUACGAAAUUUGCAGACAGUGUGGGCUUCGGACAAUGAACUCACUGGUAGCAUACCUGAAUUCAUUGGGAAUUGGUCAAAGCUUAAAAGCUUAGAUUUCAGGGAAACUCCUUUGGAGGUCCAAUACCCAACAUUUUCCAACUUAACCUUGAUGGAGGACUUGAGAAUAAGUGAUUUAUCUAAUGGAAGUUCUUCAUUGGCGUUUCUUAAGGAUAUGAAGUCUUUGAAUCUCUUAAUUCUGAGGAAUAACAAUAUUUCUGGAUCUAUCCCAUCCAACAUUGGAGAUAAUCAAAGAUUGUUACAACUGGAUUUUAGCUUCAACAAAUUAACUGGACAGAUUCCUGAUUCGCUGUUCAAUUUGAGCUCUCUUACUUGUGGAAGAAUCAAAGUUUGUGUUUGAAGCCAAGAUAAUUCAGAGAAUGGAGCUUCUGGUGCUAUCUACUUUUCAAUGGAAGAUGAAUCCUGUGACCCCACUUUCAUUUGUUGAUCACAUUGUGAGGAGGUUUGGAUUUAAGACAGAUUUGCAUUUGGAGUUUCUGUGGAGGUGUAUGGACAAUUGUUGAAUGUUUAUAAUUUAUGUAUAGACAAUUGUUGAAUGUUUAUAAUUUAUGGAUAUAGGUUUUUUUUGAUGUUUCAAAU